CAAUUCUUUUAUACUCUCUGAAUAUUUUUGAUUACAUUGUAUGUAUAAUUUAAAUUUCAUAUGACUCCAACUUCAUUAUUAAGUUCGAUAAUAUGCAUGUCUCAAAAUACGAAACGAUAGAUAAAAAUUUAAUCAAAGACAGCAUGAGUGAGAUGAGUCCCCCAAUAAAAACAGAUAUUUUAAAGAAUUGAUUCAAUUAAGAAAAUAUACACUUGUUGACUACAAUUCGGAAAACAAUUUUAAAACAAUCUAGUAACAAAUUUCAGUUGAUCAUCACCAUCAAAUCGACAUGAAGCAAAAUACAGACUUUAUAGGGUCUUAAUUUGGACAAUUCAUGAUAUGGAUUGGAUAAAUUAUUUUAUAAAUUCAUCACUUAUUAAAUUAUUUCCACCUUCAAACAAUCCAUUCCUUUAAAUCUCUGCCCACCUAGUGGGUGUAUAUAUAUUUACUCCAGUAACUUAGUUAAAACAUCUUAAAAAAAAUUCUAAUAACUGAUCGAUAAGAAGCAAAAAAAAAAGAAAUACAAUAUCUAAGUACUCAUCAUCAUAUACGAAGAAAUCAAUGUCGUAAGCAUACGAAUUAGUUCAAAAACAAUUUCGAAAGUGUAAUGUACUAAAAAUUUCCAAUAUUCCAAAACCCGGAAACGAAAAUGCGACAAACUGGUAAAAUUAUCAUAAAUAAAGUGGAAAAACCGAAAACAAAAGUGAAAAAUGUCAAAACGAAUUUAGUUAAUUCUAAAAGUCCCUCAUACUGUCAAAUAUUCGAGUUUAUAUUGGUCUCUAUAAAUCGUCUAUUAAUCGGUUUUGUUACGAUUUAUAUGGGUUGGAUGUGUUUGCGUUUGAAAUACGAAGAUAUACCUUUUCAUGCUGUUUUGUGUACUUUAGGGUUUGUUUGCUUGAUGUCUGAGGGUUUAUUGUCACAUUAUCGCGGUAAUGCUUGGACUUUAUUAUGUUUUCGCACCGAAAAAUCGCGUACUCAUUGGAUUUUACAAUUGACUGGUUCGAUAAUUGGUUUGGUUGGAAUUGGUAUUAAGUGCUAUAUAGAGGAAGUACAUUUUCAUACGGUGCAUGGUUUAGUGGGUUUAGCCACAGCUGUUCUUCUUAUACUAAGCCUUCUAACAGGCUUAAGUGCCCUGUAUGCCACAGAAAUGAAACAUUAUAUGCAACCUUUAUGCAAUAAAGCUUUUCACAAUAUCUGGGGUUUAUUAACCUUCACUCUGGCCAUGAUCAGCAUGUAUACCGCUUAUGAAACGGAAAUAUUUUUUCAACAUUCUUUAGAUGCUGCCAAUUACCAGGAUUUCAAAUGGUUAAUACAAUCGUGUAUAGUUAUUAUAUGGUUAUUAACCUGUUAUGGUCCCUUAUGGUGUUUAAUUUAUUCAAAAUUAUGUAGAACUUGUUAA